UAUUUGAAACGUUUGCCGUAAAUCGCAGUGUCGUAACAUAUUCAACAUGGCAGCCUCCGCGGUGACAUGGGCUGGUUUAUCCGCGUUCAAACGGCUUUGUGGACAAAUAAACUCUAGGUUGCUUGGUGCUUCGUCUCAAGUGUCUUGUCUUCACACAAGCACACAGUUGAACAGCAAACACUGGGAGAGGUACAAUCGCAUUGUACAUCCACCACAACAGAAAGACGAGCCACGGAGACCAGCUGAGAUUUAUCACAGCAGACGUCAAAUUAAAUACAGUAAAGACAAGAUGUGGUACCUGGCUAAGCUGAUCAAAGGUAUGACCAUUGACCAGGCACUCGCUCAGCUGGAAUUCAGUGACAAGAAAGGAGCUAAAAUAAUCAAAGAGGUUAUUUUGGAAGCCCAGGAAAUGGCUGUCAAGAAUCACAAUGUGGAAUACAAAUCCAAUCUGUAUCUUGCUGACUCGUUCUCGGGCAAGGGAAAGUAUCUGAAGCGCAUUCGUUAUCAUGGACGUGGAAUGUUUGGCAUCAUGGACAAAGUAAACUGCCAUUAUUUUGUGAAGCUUGUUGAGGGGGUGCCACCCAAAGUGGAACAGAAGACGGGAUUCGACCAGGCCAAAGACUAUGUGGAGGAGCUGAAGAACAGAACGGUUAUUUACUCGCUGUAGUUUAAAAUGACCUUUUAUUUGUUUAUGUAAAACGUUUGUGUAAAUAAUAAUGAAGGAAUAAAAAAUGAUCCCAAGCACGGUUCUUCAUUUCGUUUCCAGGCUGUUACAGCUUCAAAUAAAAAUGUCUGCUAAUUGAAUUAUUAGUCAAUGUCAUAUAGAGCUACAAUAUUCGGAGCUAAUGUGCACUUUUAGUGUAGACCUUGAUGCCUGACCUGUGAGUGACAUUUCUUUCUGACAUUUUCUCUCACUGGC